AUGCGUUGGCUCUUGAUCUUCCUUAUCGUUCUUCACGUUGUCGUCCUCGUGUAUCCACAAGAAGUAGGUGGCGGUGCUGAUCCUUCUGGAGGCGGCUCUCAACUACCUUCAGCAGACCCACCACCACAAGAAAGUGAUUCACAACAACCACCUGCAACCACACAAGCACCCGAACCAACAACAACAGCUGAUAACAAGCCGCCAGAACAAUCGAGCCAACAACCUGAGCCAACUCCUACUACGCAAAAUCCAUCACCUGCAACUUCGUCUAAUCCCCCUGUUGAACAACCUUCCUCAUCCGAAAACAAACCUGCUACCACCAACAACCCAACACAACCUACAUCCUCAAAUAACAAUGAUAAGCCAGCACCCAGCUCAUCAAAUGAUGCUAAUAAGAGCAAGGAAUCGGAUAAACCUACAACCAGCAAUGGUGAUUCGACAACCAGCGAUGAUGCUUCGAAAACUGGGUCAGCCACAUCUAGCGCUUCAGAGUCAUCAAGCGAUAGUGCAAAGAAGAAGGAUGAUGGUGGUGAUAAUGAUGUCCCUGUAGGCACUGUAGCUGGUGCCGUUGUCGGUGGUGUAGUUGGUAUUGCCCUACUUGGCGGCUUGAUUACAUUUAUCAAUAGACGUGGUGGUUGUACUAAGAAAUCCCGAAAGCCAAACAAGAACGACUACCAAGACUUUGGCAUGUCUGAAACGGAUUAUCCCCAUCAUCGUGGUACACCACCAAUGUCAUCACCUGUAUUGCCUACAACCACAACAGCUGCUGCAAUGGGUGCUGGUGCGGGUAUGGGAGCAGCAGCUGCAGCUGCAUCAUCAUCGCCACACAUGGAUAAUCAUGCUGCCACUGCUUACUACGAAGGCCAUCCAUCCAAUUACUACCAGCAAGAUCAGCAGUACUAUUAUCAGGAUCAUCAAGAUAUGAAUGCUGCUGCCGCUCAAGGUGGUUAUUAUCAUGAUCCAUAUGCUAAUCCCACUGCAGCAGCUGGUGCUGCAGGCAUGACAUCACCUGUAAUGGGAUAUACUGGUCAACAAUAUGCGGAUCCCAAUGCUGCAUACUACUAUGAUCACCAGCAAUAUCAGCAACAGCCCCCAACAACCGAUCCUGCAGGCUAUUACAAACCCGAUCUCGCCGAUCUCCAACAUCGAUAG